GAGUGUCUGUCUGUGUGUGUGUGUGUGUGUUGUUCGCUAUGCAGUCGCGCCGCUCCGCUAAGAGGUCGCUGCUCGGCUGCCGGGUUUGCGCCCCGAGUCCCGCCGGGGAUGGGCAGCUGGUCCCCGGGGUCAUCCAGGCUCUGCUGCCCGACAGCAGCGUCUACACCGUGAGGCUGGAGGACGGCAGCCUGAGGGAGUAUCCCGAGGAGGAGGUGGUGCUGCCGGGGCCGGGCAGCCACCACAGCCUCAGCCACAGCGCCGCCGGCAAAGGGCAACUCAAAUGCAGGGAGAAGCUGAAUUGCAAUGGCCGGGAUAUUCCUUCCCUUGCAUCCCUGCAUGAUCACACCCACAACGAGAGCCACCAGAAGCUAUUGGAACAGCAACUGCACCUGGUGAGGAAGAUCGAGGCCAUGAAAAUACUGGAAACCAAAAAGGUCAGCCGCCUUCAGGAGCACGAGAAGGAUCACAUGCGCCCGGUGGCUGUCAUCUCAGAUCAAAAGCGAAAAGUUGUCUCUUCAAACAUUGACGUCCCCCGUGUAAGGAAGUUGUCUGAGGAAGGCGAGAUGGACAAAGUCACAGCAGCGAUGGUCCUGACUAGUCUGUCCACCAGUCCACUGGUCCGCAGCCCUCCUUCCGCGGUGCGUGUCACAGAUGGUGGCCUGAGCAGCUCUUGGAAAGAUGUCCCCAAUAUGUCAUCGAGCUACAGCAGCAGCGGGAACUGGAGCUGGGGGGCCCCGAGCGACCAGUCAAACCCGUCCACCCCAUCACCGCCCCUCUCUGCAGACAGCUUCAAGCCAUUCCGUCCUUCCUUCCAGCCGGACGACAGCAUCGAUGAAGCCGACUCCAGCCACCUGCUGUUUGAUGAACCCAUACCCAGGAAAAGAAAGAAUUCCAUGAAGGUUAUGUUCAAAUGCUUGUGGAAAAAUUGUGGGAAAGUACUCAGCACUUCCACAGGGAUCCAGAAACAUAUUCGCACCAUUCACUUGGCACGCAAUGGAGAAUCCGACUACAGUGACGGGGAAGAAGAUUUUUACUACCAGGAGAUUAAACUGAACACGGAUUCUGUAGCUGAGGGCCUGGGAAGCCUUUCUCCGGUAUCGCCAUCUGUGGCCUCUCCGCCUACGCUCACCAGCCUGGAUUCAGGGGCAUUGGACAUCAGCACGGUAAACACAGAGACCAAGUCUACAACUCCGCUCAGUCGCUCAGCACCAACCUGCCUCUACCUCGUCCACACUGACCAUGCUUACCAGGCCACAGCACCAGUCAACAUUCCAGCAUCCAAGUUCACACCCAGCAGCAAUGGGUUCAGCAUUUCCUGGCAAUCUCCACCAGUCACCUUCACGGGCAUUCCAAUCUCCCCAAACCACAGCCUUGCCAUGGGAAUCAAGGACCAUCGCCAGCUGCCUCUCUCUGCACUCUCCUCUCCACCCAGACCUGCACUCAGUGCAGCAAGAAAAAUUCGCGGGGAAGGAAAGAAAUGCCGCAAAGUGUAUGGAAUGGAAAACCGAGACAUGUGGUGUACUGCCUGUCGCUGGAAGAAAGCUUGCCAGAGGUUUAUUGAUUAGAGGAUUUCCCUGGAGGGUCUUUCAGAAGAUUCCUGGUGCAGCUAUGUAACGUGUAGGUUUUUGAAGCACUUAACUCUUUUUUUUGUGGGGAGGGUGGGGGGUUGAUUUUGUAAACUUUAGCAACACUCGUAUCCAACAAGGUGCACUUAAAGGAAAGCUGUGUGGGAGUGGGUAGCAACCACAGAUUGUUCAGAUAUCAGGCACAAAAGAUUGUAUUCUGAUUGGAAAUCUUCUGCGAGCAGCUGGACUAAUGUGAUUAGGAGUUUCUGAAGUGUCUGUUCCUGCACUGGAACAUCUGUCUGGCUAAGAAAUUAAGUAAUUUGCUAUGUUUUAUAUCUUAAUUUGAAGAUUUACCAAGACACCCGGGGAAGCUCUGAUCAGGUCAGAACUUCUUCCGUUGCCUGUGAAAGGCACCUCCCAAGUGAAACACUUGCGCAAUUUAUCUUUUGAUGUGACGUUACUUUUCUGGUAGGCAAUAUAAGCUAUUUUUUACUAAUCCCAACUACAGCACACGUGCUAAGAGGAACACUGAUAUAGAAACAUUACAACAAUAUGUGUCUUAACUUCUCUGGACGACGAAAAUAUGGAAGAACAAGAUGGAGUUGAAGAGAGGGAGAGCUAGGCCAUGACGUCCACUUCUAAAACUGAAUCGGUUGAGCUACAUCUUUAAGAAGACACCACAGAACACCAGCCAAGAUCAAUAGGAACUUCUGCUUAAAAGAAUUAAAGAAAUUAUCAGCUUUAUUGCUUUGUAUUACAAGCUAGUGGACCCUUUAGGGAUGUGCAUUGAACUGGAACAGUAAACAAGGACAGUGCAAGUGAAUUAAUACCAGCCUUGCUUAACAUUGCAGUACAUUGAGACAAGCAGAUUUCUUUCCAUUUUGUCUCCAAUUCCCUAACCAUUUGUAAACUUUCUCCAACAUGUGAAAUGACCGACCAAUUAACUGAAAGCUCAUGGGGAGAAAUCCCACCUGGCUCCAGAUAUCCUCUCUAGGUAUUCAUUCAGUGCUUCCAGAAUUUGGCAAAUUGUUCAA